AUGGCGUACCGCGACAGGUUCCUCCUCGCCAUCGCGCUACUCCUCUCGUCCGCGUGUCAAUGCGGCCUCGCCGUUCGACGAGCGCCCACCCCCAAGUCCACGUCGCUCUAUACCGUGCGCCUGCGCUCCGCGCUUCCCCUCGCCGCGUAUCGCGGCGGGAUAGCGAGCUUCUCGGGAUGGACGGACGACGGCGACGACGAUGCUGCCAGCCCGUCAGGUCUGCGGGCGACGGCGGCGACGGUUGCACACGAGGAGGCGACGCUCGCCGGCAGCGUUCCGCGGCGCGCGCGGCUGAGCAUGGAGAACCCGCAGCUCAAGGCGUACGCGCAGAUGCUCGAGACGCAGCAGAUCCGAAUCGCGUCUGACGUGGGCGUGACGUCAGACCGCAUUGUGUACAACUACAUGCACGCGAGCAACGGGUUUGCAGCGGCCCUCUCCCCACAGCAAGUGCGGCAGCUGCAGCGGCACCCGGCAGUGGCGGCAGUGACGCGCAGCCGCAGAGUGACGCCCCUCACCAUCGACUCGCCCACCUUCCUGGGCAUGCGCGCCCCCGGGUCGCUGUGGCCCGCCAAUGGCGGGCAGGCGAGCGCGGGCAAGGGCAUGGUGAUAGGCGUGGUGGACACGGGCAUCUGGCUGGAACACCCCUCCUUCAGCGAUGCCGGGUUUUCGUCCUCCAAGCCUGCGGGGUGGUCGGGGAAAUGCGACACCACGAGCGACUUCAAGUGCAAUAAGAAGCUGAUCGGCGCACGGGCGUUCUACAAGGGCUUUAAGGAGGACAACGGCGGGCCGGACCUGUCGAAUGAUUGGCUGUCGCCCCGCGAUUCGUACGGCCAUGGCACGUGGUGUGCGGGCGCGGCAGCGGGCAACAAGGACGUGCCCAUGGCGGGCGGCAAGGCGAGCGGCAUGGCGCCAGCAGCGCGCCUCGCAAUGUACAAGGUCUUCUGGUACUCCGACGGCUCUCUCUUCGCCGUAUUGCCCGACAUAGAAGCUGCCGUCAACCAGGCGGUAGCGGACGGUGUGGAUGUGCUCUCGCUCUCGCUGGGCGGCAUGGAUCCGGAUGACACGUACUUCUCCCACAUGCCGUAUCUUAAUGCCAACCUCGCGGGGAUGUUUGUGUCGUAUGCAGCGGGCAAUGCUGGGCCGUACAGCUUCUUCUCGGGCCGCACGAUUGACAACUUCUCACCUUUCUACCUCACUGUGGGGGCAAGCACCAUCGGCCGAGGCGGUCUAACCCUCAAGGCCACCACACCAGCAGCAGCAGCUCUCACCAACUCAUCCUCCUCCUCCUCAGCCGCCCCUGCAGCCACCGCCUACCCCUCCAUCGCUGAUUUCUCCUCCACAGGGCCCCUCGCAGACCCUUCCACAGACGUCACCGGCGCUCUCCCCACCAACAGCAUCUUAAAGCCCGACAUUGCUGGCCCGGGCGUGGACCUAUACGCUGCGUGGCCUGCUGAGAAGGUCGGGAAACCCGGGACUUACGCGCAGCUGUCGGGGACGUCGAUGGCGACGCCUCACUUGGCGGGUAUUGCGGCUCUCAUCAUGCAGAAGUAUCCCAAGUGGAGCCCCGCGCAGGUCAUGUCGGCCAUUAUGACCACCGCCAAGACCACUGACACGAGUGGCGCUGCUAUCAAGAAUGAUUAUGGCGAGGUUGCUACUCCGUGGGAUAUGGGAGCAGGUCACGUGUUCCCAUCCAAGGUGCUGGAUCCGGGGCUUACGUUCGAUGCUCGGGCAGCUGCGUAUCGGAAUUUUCUUGCUGGGCAGAGUAUGAAACGGGCGCAGAAGGAGUUUCCGGGUGCUACCCUCACUGCGAUUGCUCCCCGCGAAUUGAACCGUCCAAGCAUCUCUAUCUCGCGACUGAAAGGGACGCUGUCAGCAACGAGGACCGUGACGAGUGUUCUUGGUGCGUCGGCCACAUUCACUGCUACCAUCAAGCCUCCUAAAGGCGUGGACGUGACGGUUUCACCGAGUAAAUUCACCAUUGCCAAGGAUGGGAAGGUCACCUUCACGGUGACCUUCAAGGUGACUAAGACAUACGAGGAUUUCCAGUUUGGAAGCCUAACAUGGGCUGAUGGGAAAGGGCACUCGGUGAGAAUGGUGCUGGCAGUUCAGCCCACCAAGUUGUGA